GUUUUGAUUGGAAACGUGAUGGGAUAAUAUUGAAGUUUUCACGGUUUGGGGUCGAAAUAAAUGACCAAGGAAUGGGUUUUUGAAUUGACAUCAGUAACACAGAUUUGGCGACUAUUUCUGAUUCGAUUUGAUUGUGUCAUGUUUGGCUAGAUAACUUAGCAAAGCUGCAGUAUGGAGAGGUCAGGCGGAUAUGGGGCAUCACUCGCCCCAAGCUUCAGCUUGCCCAGUCUUGUGGAGGGCAGCGAACCAAUCAGCGAGGCAGAGGAGUUUGUGGAGAUGCGCUCAUUGCGAGAGAGUGGCGACAAAGCCCUUGAGGUGAAUGAUUUUACAGGGGCAAUUAAAUAUUACAAUGAGGCUCUCGAGAUUGACGAACACAACCCGGAUGUGCUCUUGGCUCGCGCAGCUGCUUGUAUAGAGAUGAAAGACUACAUCAGCGCACAGCGUGAUACAGAGUUCCUUGUUGGACAGGACCCAGGAAACUUUCAGGCACACAAGGUCCUUGGCAUUGCCAUGCAGUACCUCCACCAGUAUAAGGAGGCCUUGACCUCAUUUCUCACUGCCCUUGACCUUGACCCGGAUAACACAGAUGAACUCACUGACCUUAUUGCUCAUGUAGCGGCCCAGCUGUGUGACAUUCCAGAAGAGAUGAAGGAUUCUUUAAGAGAGAUGGACUCCUACAAGAAGCUGAGCGAGGUAGGGGUGUGCCUGUUCCAGGCUCGCAAGUACAAGAUGUGUAUCCGAAUCCUGGAGGCAGCCCAGAAGUUCCAGACCAACCAGAAAGGGAUCACCAUGAGGAUCCUGCUUACCUUGGCCAACGCCCACUCUGCGCUCAAACAUGUUGACAAGGCUAUUGGCCUAUACCAGGAGUGCCUACAGACAGCUAUAGCCACGCAUGACCAGAUUUACCAGACCAAGGCUCUCGUAAAUAUAGCCACCUUGUGCUUGGAGAACCACGACACCCACCAGGCUAUCAUCAACUAUGAAAAACUCCUGCAGCUUGAGGCAGAACUGGUACAGGAAACCGGAAACGAGGAUUCCUUGCCGGAAUUUUGGACGAAGGAAUUACAAUGUGGCUUACAUCUGAAUCUCAGUAUAGCUUACAAGGCUAUUGGUGAUAUGAGCUCGGCUAUAAGGCAUGCUCAUAAAUAUGUUGGUUAUAUAGAAAAAUAUGGGUUCCAAGGGAAACUUAAAGCUGAGUCAUAUCAUAACACGGGAAUGUUGAACGAAGUGCUUGGUAAUUAUAAUGACGCUAUUAAUAACUAUAAUAAAUACUUGGACGAAUGUAAGAAAAAUGGGGACAAAAAGGGUAUGGCUCAAGCGUACGGCUGUUUAGGGAGUGUUUAUGCUGCUCUCCGCAAUUGGAAACUAUCGACAACCUACCAUGAACAGUACGUUGCCAUGGCAGCCAGGUUUGAUGACAAAAGAAUGCAGAUUAUUGCCAACGAGAUGUUAGCAGACACUCUCAUACUGAAGGGAGAUUAUGAGGGUGCCUUAAGCGCAUAUGAAGAAAUGAUAAAUUGCUGUAUCCGAACUGACUACAGAACACGCGCCACGGGCAUGUGUAAACUAGGACAUGCCUAUAGAGCCUUGAAAAAGCACCAAUACAGUCUCUACUUCUACGAACAAGCCUCUGCAUUGGCCGAGGACCUGGAGUUUCCAGAGAUUGAGACUCUUUGCCAUUACAACGUCGCAUGCAUACUCCAGCAGUCGACCCAGCAUCUGGAGCUGGAGAAAGCGCUAAAGUAUUUCCAGAAUCUUGUGCCGUACUUUGAGUCAAAGAUAAGGGAACACCAGGCAGCAGACAGCCAUUGUCCUGAUGAGUACCACACACAGCUCCAGGAGUGUUAUGAUGGGAUCCAGGCUGUCCACGCUAAGCUUGGAAACAAGGAUGAGUGUCUACAGUUUGCUGAGGCCUAUAGGAAGCGUACUCUCACCCAGACCCAUAACUACCAGUCUACAGCUUUAACCAGUCAGAGUCACACAGCACCCUGGGAUAUGUGGACUGUGGAGAGAAUGGGCCGGGUUGUCUCACAACAGAAUAGCCCAGUGUUGUACUACUCUCUGCUGUCCCAACACCUGUUACUGUGGGUCCUACAACCUGGUCAGGGCCUCACACGCUUCUACUGCAAGAAGGCAGAAGAGCCUCACAGCAUGAUCGAAACAGUGGAGAAAAUGGUUGAGGAGAUCAGAGCUGACUGCGAUACAAAGUCCCUACCUCGACAGUCUGAAAACAGGGCCAUCCCGCUGAAAAACAAUGACCUUGAAAUGACCAGGAGAAAGUUCCUUAAACUUCAGAAACCUGAAGAAAAUAAGGAAAGCAUGGAGAAUGAGACAAAAGUUGCUGAUGAUGUUAAGCCGGAGAAAACUGUUCAAAGACGAAUGUAUGACCUUCUGUUUUCACCCAUAGAGGACAUCUUGUCCAGAUUGCCCAAAGAAGGACCACUGAUAAUUGUUCCAGAUAAGGCUUUAUGUCACUGUCCAUUUAACCUCCUACAGGACUUUUUGAACCGUUAUUGCUACAAGCGAUUCCGUAUCACCUACCUUCCAAGCCUUCUCGUGUUGGACAAAGUUGUGGCUAACGAGUUAAACCACCUUCGGCUACAAGAUGAUCUGGAUUUUGAGCGACAAAUAAAUAGGAAGGGAGGAAUACUGAAUGCAACUAAUAGAUUUGCUACAAUUAGUGGUAUGGCUUCCCCUCAGUCUGGUGUUUCCUCCAUGAAUAUAAGUCCACGUAAGGUUGCUCACCCUCGCCUGCUGACGAGGCCCGCAAAGUUGCACAUGAUAUCCCCAAAGCCAGGAGUGCUGCCCAAACAGCCCACAAUGUUUGAGGAAGACUUCAAGAAGCACUCACAAUGGCUUGGUUCCAAGACAGCCAGAAUGGCGCCCGGAUCAUACAAUAGCUCCCUGGAUUCUCCCCUGUCCCUGCACACAGCUGGGCCUCCCCAGUUAGACAGGGCCUACAGCUUUGGUUCUUUUACUACACUCACCACACAGACAUCCACAGGCACAGACAUUACCAUGUCCUCACACACAGUGACCCAGUUCAAGCAGGUCAGCUGUCAGGAUCGGUGCCUCGUCUUUGGCAAUCCAAAACUACCUGACAGCCUGCAGCUGCAUGGUAAGAUGUGGCGUCCAGGAAACACAGUGAUGGUGUCGGCACAGCGGGAGGCCCUGAAUGUGGCCACUCUGCUUGAUGUUACCCCAACAAUCAGCGAGGAGGCCACAAAACAUGCCUUUCUUAGGGAGGUGGAGAGGGCAGCCAUUGUACACAUUGUGAGUUACGGUUGCUGGCAGGAGGGCCUCAUAGUUAUGUCCCCUUCCUCCUCCGACCCAGGGGAGACUACCCCGGGCGAGGAGUCUUACCUCGUCACUGUAAAUGACAUCCUGGGUCUUAAGGUCACCGCCCAGCUGGUGGUGCUGAAUCUUGGGUACAGCCCAUACCGCAAGAAUAUACUACGUCCUGGCUACCUACUGCCCAGUGCAUUUAUUGCUGCAGGUGCCCAGUGUGUACUAACAGUGAUGUGGCCCCUGCCUGAUGCGUGUAACGAGAAGUUCUUUCACAGUUUCUACAUGGCCUUACAGGCAGGCAAUCUUGUCACCACCGCGCUUAUCUCUGCCAUCGCAGCUCUACGUGAUGAUGACAGGUUUAAAUCUCCUUAUUUCUGGAGUCCAUUUGUGUUGAUAGGGAAGGAUGUUCACAUCAACAUCAAAGAAAUAAGACAUGCUAUGCUGGACCAGACAUUAGACCAAUCAGAAGCGGCUGUGGAAGAAGGGUCGGGCCGUGCCUACCUAAACCCGCGCCCAGUCCUUGCGCCCGUCAAACGGAAACCCGAGAAUCUGCGGGUGCUGCAGACACACCUGGCUACCCUGCUCCGACACCACUCAAACCAACCCAAGUGUCUGCCUGGCCUUAUUGACCUGCUGGACAGUUCCCUGAAGCGACUGCACACUGAGGAAAACAACCGUCAGACCAGCCUUCUGUCAGAUGACAUCAUGCAGGGUACUGGCGCUGUAGAUCUGCUCAAAUUCCUCGGAUACCAUUUCCAGGCACGAGGUACAACCCUGGACAACCCAUAUGUGGUGUAUCCACACUGGAAUAAGGAUGAACUUCUCAUACCUACAUAUGACGCCAUUAGAGCAUUACUGGAGAUCAGUGGGAGCCGGGAAGUGGUCCAGGCCGUUUGCAGUGUCCUGCCCAUUACCCAGGAUAACAUCUCCCUUAUCAUAGACCUCCUUAGUGUGACGAAGCAUGCCCCUGAGAUCCAGUUGAAGGUCACGGACCUCUCUGUGCGUCCACUGUGGUCCAACCUCACUAUCAAGCACCUGCUCGUUGCCAUUGGUUUCCACCAGAUUGGCAUGAUCCUCAACUUUAACAGGACACCGGAGUACAGACAGUUGAUGAUGGCAGUGUUCCAGCUCCUGUUGUCUGUGAGCCAGUCCAAGAGCCAGGUCUUACUGUACAGACUGGAUGUUAAUCUGCUGGGAACCAGCUCUGACACUAAAUCAACAUCCGACUACCCAGAGUUGACCAGACUUCCCUCUUUGGCUCCCCUAAUCCUGCCACGAAAUCAGUUGCGCAUGAGCACGCCAUGGUUGAGCAAGGCGGAGUCCCACAUGGAGAUGGAGGAAAAAGUCAAGCUUGCACGAUCGCGAACCGAUGUGGAUGAGAGCUUCAGGGAGUAUCUGGAGCGAGCCAAGACCUGGCACACCAUCACCAUAGCUGCACAGAUAAAUGACCUAAGAAAGGCUGAUGAAGCCUUGGACCAGUAUGGCCGUCCAAAGUCAUCGCCGCAGAAAGUUAAGGUGUUACCGGGGGCAACAGCCUCCACGGGACGGGUACCUGUUGACUUUCAGGCUGCCUUGAAGAAUGAGGAAGUAGACCAGCGAAGAGAUUAUGCCCAUUUCAUAUACAUGGAACGGAUGAAGAAUAUCGACACAAGGCGCAAAAAUGAAGUGAUGAAACUGUAUCUGCCCUAUGUCAACUCUGUAUGAACUUGAUUGUUUCGUUUGAUAUAUUGAUGGGUGUUUAGCCGAAACAAUAAAAGGAUGGAAAUCUCCCUGGAAUAUUGAUAUGUAUUGUUUCAAAUAAUGAUAAAUAUUUAAUAAUAUUAGAUCAUUAUUAUUAAAUGACGAACAUCUGCCUGUAUCAUAAACUAUAUUUGUUUUGUUUGAAAUGUGUACUAUGCAUUUAUGCAAUUAUUAUAUUUGGUAUUAUGGUAUUAUUGUUGUUAUUUGUGAGAGCUAUGUUUUGUUUUAAAUAACUACAUUUUUAUGUUAUUUGUGUUUGCGUUUCACUUGCCUCUGUGAUAAUUUUUUAUUGUUAAUUUUAAUAUUGUAUUCAAAUACAUGAAAUUCAACAUUUUAUUUACUUAUACAAUAAAAAAGUCAAUGGGCUGACUUUUCAGAACUUUCUUAAAGUUAACAACCGGAUUAAUAAGAACUUUGUUGCCUUUAAAUGUGAGAUAUUUUAUGUUGACUGCUCAUCUAUUUAACCCUUUGCAUGCUGGGUAAAUUGUCGUCUGCUCAAAAAUGUCGUCUGCUUUAUUCUUAAUUUCUUUCAUUUUACUUAAAACUUUGGGGAUAUAUUGACUGAGUGGCAAACAGCUUGGAACCUGACCAGGCGCCGAGUUACUCGGCGUCUGGUUUGGUUCCAAGCUGUUUGCAAAGCCUUUAAAAUCGCCAUCAGCAGCCUAAGGGUUAAAUAAAACAAGUACAUUGGAGACAUUUAAAAGUAAGGUGCAUAAAACACGGUAUUUCUAUCUUAUGAGACCAUAGUAAAUCACAGUUAAUCUUUUAGCACUCACCAACAACCAUUUAAUAUUUUAGGGUUUUUCAGCUAUUAGAUACACAAUUACAAUCUUGUUAUCAGUAAUUAAUAUUUUCCAUAAAUGCAUUAUUUAAUAAGUUGUGAAAGGUUUACCUCUCAAAACUUGUGUUAACUUUGUUAUACAUGUGUAUUUAUUGAUUUUGAAUAAGAGUGUCACUUUAAUGGUUAAACCUCAAUAGAAUGUACAUGGAUAUUGCACGAAUAUAAAAUACUGUGAUUUUCUAAUGAAUAUCUUUUUUCUUCAAAAAGCAAUUUUGAAAUUAUUCAAAUUAUAUCUAUAUUACAUGUUAGAGUAAAGCUCUCUGUGAUACUGGUUUGUACUGCUGGCCUCAAUCUCUCGAAAAAUCUUAAAGACCUAGUUUAAGCCUUCUAUAACACCCCCCCCCCCCCCCGAAAAAACAACGUGUAUUUGUACACAACUUGUUAAUUGAUCUUAUUUUAAUUGCCUAAUUGUUUUAUCAGAUCUCCGAUCUGAGCAUUCUGCUGUGCAGUUUGGGAUAUUUUAUUAUAGAAAUGGACCCUAAAUGGUCCUGAGCCAAUAAACAAAUACACAGGAAUUGGCCCCUACUGUGACACCAGUGCAAUUAGCAGGAGAUGCACAGCAGGGGAUUAUCAUGCCAAACAUUCCUUAAACUAGGCCUUUAAGUCUGUUAUAACAGGUUUUAACUAAGCUCACUAUUUUUGUUUUAGUUUAAUUCGUAUGAUUUUUAUGGUUAAGAGAUUUUUGUACUUUUUAAGGAAAUUAUUAAUAGGAUAAACUAAUUUGUAUUUAGUAAAAUCAAGAUUAAGUAAGAAAUCUUACUUAAUGAAUAAGCUACUUUAUCUUGUUAUGCUUAAGUAGCCUUCAGAAAUUGGGGCCAGGUUGUUAUGUUUGUAUGAAAUUUCUAUCGAUAUGUUUAAACAAAGAACUGCUUUAAUAUUUGUUAAUAAAACAGAACAGAACAAAA